AUGAAAGCGCAGCUGCUGUGGCAGCUGGCCGCCUGCCUGUGCCUGCUGCUGCUCUGCGGCGGCAGCAUGGCGGCGGCCAGUUCCGAGCCCAUCUGGGUGCCAGGGUCUGGCGCCCAUAGGUCGCUGCAGGAGGUGCCAGGCGGAAUUGAUGGAGGGCCAGGGCCGCCAUUCAGCCUGCCGGAAGCCCGCAUCAACUGCCCCCAGGAGUGCUCCAUCAGGGGGCUGGUCCCCAUCCCCACGCACGGCGGCUCCAGCAAGCUGAUGUGCGCGCUUGGAGGCAGCCCAGGGCCCUACCAAUACGGCACCUGGAGCCAGGGCUUCUGCCACGCCUUCUUCGGCGCCAUCAACAAGAGCUUCAAGGCGCCCAACGGCUACUUCUGCGGCUGCAGGAGCCCCGCGGUCACGCUGACCUGGAACGCCAGCAUGGCGUGCGUGGAGGGCGGCGCGGCCGCCGCCAUGGACCCCGCCGUCUGCCGCAUCCGCAAGGACGGCGGCGGCGACUUCCAGAUCGGCUGGAUCUCCAGCGAGACGGGGGCCUGCCACACCUACCCCGUGCGCUUUGGCGCCGGUGGCGCGUUUGUCAGCAAGGUGGCCGGCGUGGGCGCCUCCACGCCCUACAACAUGCAGGUCCUGUGCAAGGCGCCGCAGCAGGGGCAGGCUGGGCGGCGCAUGCUGGUGGAGCCCAUUGCAUUCACUAUGGCAAAGGGCAUAGCCGAUUGCCCCUACACCUGCACCCAGAACAACAGGGUCGUGCUGGGCAGCGGCGUGCCCAGCGUGUCCCUGUGCGCCAUCAAAAGCGGAGACCAGACAUACUACGGCAGCUACUCCUACGGUUACUGCCUGUGGCGCCUGCAGGCCGCCGGCAACGUGCUGGUGGAGGGCCAGGGCUACCGCUGCGGCUGCCAGCCCGCCCCCAUCAAGCUGUCGUGGAAGGAGGCGCAGGUGUGCGCCACGGGGCCCUCCGCCGCCGCCAAGGACCCCUCCGUCUGCCGCAUCCGGAAGGUCGGCGGGGGCGACUUCCGCAUCGGAUGGUACUCCCAGGCGACCCGCACCUGCUACACCCCGUCCGCCAAGUUUGGGCCCAGCGGCCAGGACGUGACGCGCGUGACGGGCGUGGGAGGCCUGUACCAGAUGCGCCUGCUGUGCCGGCCAGCCCAUGACCUGCGCAAGUGCCCCAGCGUGACCCGCACCCGCGCGGGCCUGGUGAAGAUCGCCACCGACAUGGUGGCCGCCGACAAGCAGAUCAACAUCACCAGCAAGUGGCCUGCGCGGUGGAGCGGCAUCGCGGGCCACGUGUGCCCGCCGGCGGUGCCCCCCCACGGCGAUGACGUGUCGGUCAUCACGUGGAUGUACUGGGCCGCGUUUGGCAAGGGCCCCGACCAGCUCAACCGCCUGGGCUGGCUGGGCGGCAGCCUGGCUAGCCUGGCGGCGCGUGGCACGCCGCGCUCGGUGACCACCUACCUCAUCGCCAAGCCCUCGUACGUGGUGUGGAAGCGUGCCGACCACACCAAGGCGCAGCUGGGAGACCUCCUGAUGUACGGCACCCCCGCCAGGCUGAGGCAUGUGGCCAUGUACCUGGGCAACGGCCAGGUCUUCUCCUUUGCGCCGCCGGCGAUCCAGGGCGGCGCCAUCGCCGACGGCUCGCCGCUGACGCCGCGCAUCCGCGCCUGGGACUUCCGCGCCGACCUGCACGCCGUGUACGCCUACCCCGAUUUUCUCAUAUAG